GAAAAUAUAACCUAGAGCAAGACAAUGCGAAGGUGUGAAAGAGUACAAUGCCCUCAUGGAAAAACAAACUGAAAAAUGUAUAUAUCUAUGAUGUAGUGGAUGUGGACCGCUCGGGAAAGACAUAAAAGUGGGAAUCGCCCUGCAAGGCUUGGCAGUGAAAGAGAAGUGGGCUAUGAAAGGAUAUCACAUCUCAGUCAUCAAGGGGUAACAGUAAUCAGGUGAGGAAAGCAAAAUAAUGAACAUAAUCUUACUGCACAAAUGAUGAGGAUCUGAAAAAAAAUAUCCCCGAGACACGGAAGAAUGACUUACAGAUAUAAGAAGUAAGCAACAUAAGUAUGGUAAGCAAAAUUAUUAUGAAACGAAUAGAAGAACCGAGAGCGAGGGAGCAAUAGGAGCAGCGCGGAGGAACUCAACAAUUUGAAUUUGGCGCGGAGGAUGGACGUCUAAACACUCGGCAGCCAAACUAUAAAACACCUCACCAGAUAUUAACAAACACCCCCCAAAAAAACGAGAAAAACUAAAAUCACCCCAACAAACCCACACUAACCCACCAAAUCACCUUAAAAACACCCCAAGAGACCAUUACUAUAAGCCCGUCUCCCCUUCCCUCUGAUUGGCUGGCAGGGAGAGAUUUAAACCCCACUGGUGUUGUUUGGGUUCGGGCCAUUUAAAUACCCGCCGAUUCCUGCACGUCAAGCCUUCGAUAGUGUUUUAUGACUUUUAUCUCUAUUUCAACCGUGUGCCAUUGAUCCUAGACGCCCGUGAGCCAUGGAGGAGGGGCGGGAGGGUGUGCGGGAGGCUGUGUUGGAGGAGCUGGCCAGGCUGGGGGUGCAGAAGGCUACCCUCAAGAAGGCUCACCCUGGCAGUAGGUUCCUCCACGCCACUGUGUCCUCCUCUUCCUCCUCUUCCUCCGCGUCCUCGUCCUCCUCCAAGUCGGGGAAGGGCAAGGCGAAGGGGAAGAGGAGUCCCGGCAGGGGGGCGGCCGGCAAGAGUCCGCUGAAGGUGCGAGAGGAGAGGAAGAACACGCCCAAGUCCCCCUUCGCGAGUGCCAAGAGGCGGGCAGAGGCGCGGCGCCUUAACGCUGCCGCGGCUGCUGCUGGGGGCAAGGAGAACAAGAGCAAGGUGUUUGGUCAGGCUCUGGACCAAGCAGCCCAGGUGGAGGUGUACUUGAACUGUGCCGGCGGAGAGGAAAAGGUGAGGGUGCCGGAGCUCAUGGUGGACCUGUGCACCCACAUUCGCCGCAACAUCACCACCGAAGGAAUCUUCCGCAAGGCCGGCUCAGCGCACCGCCAGACUGAACUCAAGAAACUGUUGGAUGCUGGAGACGCCCUUCCAUCCAGCGUGCACGUCAUUGACUGCGCCUGCCUCCUGAAGCAGUACCUCCGGUGCCUGCCAGAGCCGCUGCUCCUCCCAGAGGUGCAUGGCAAGAUGGUGGCCUGCAUGAAGCUGGAGGCUGAAGCACGGGUGGAUGCCGUCGCUCUGUGCAUCCUCCUUUUCCCCCGGUCACACAUCCACGCACUGCUCUACCUUCUUGACUUUUUCUCUGAGGUGGUGGGGGCAAGCAGCAGCAACAAAAUGGAUGCAAAGAACCUGGCAAUAGUGCUGGCCCCCACCUUGCCCCCCCCUGCUGCUGCCCUCCACCGCAAGUCCUCCUCCUUCCCUCACUCCUCCACGUCCCCAGAGGAUGCCAUGCUCACCACCAAUGUAGAGAUCCUGCAGCUCUUGAUAGAGAAUGCAGCCACUGUGUGCCGCAUGCCCACUUAUGUCAUGGAGACUCUGGAGCCACGCCACCGCAGCCAGUCCACAGAGAACCUCACUGAUGGCGCUGCCCCUCCCCUGCCGCCCUCCACCACCAGCCAGACACAGCAGCAGCCCAACAACACCAAGAAAAAGCGCCGCAGUGCCUCCAUCCACCGGUUCAUGACUGGUUUCCGACGGGUUGUGGGGCACAGCCGACCCGAGCCAGCGUCCCCCAUGGAUGAGCCAAACAGUCUUGACCUGUACCCAGGGGUGGCCCUCUCCCCCAUCACAUCCAUGGGGAAUCCCACACCCAGGAAACGAAAGUCAGCUGAUGCCAACAUCCUGGGAGUGGCGGGGUUCAGGGAGAAAGCUGAGCUCCUCCAAGCCUCUCCACCUACCUGCAAGAAAGUCAAGCUUGAGGAUGAUGAUGCUACUGCUGCUGCUAUUGCUAAGCCUCCUUCUGCUCCAUCCAGCAUCCUUUGUCUGCACACCGCAUCGUCUGUAAGGCGAACAGAUGGUGUUGGUGAGCCCAAGGUCCCCGGUGCUGCAUCCUCCACAGAGGAUGUCCCUUCAAAGAGCCUGUGGGCCAAUCUGCAUCACAAUGUGCCAACCAGCAGCAGCAGUCGGGGCAGGAGGAGUGUAGACUCCCUAUAUCCUACUACUACAUUCACUCCCUUCCAUCCACUGCACAAGGCACAGUCUCACUUGUCUGCCAUGCCGUCCCCACUGUUGGCUCCCUCCACACCAUACCAGAAGAGGAGGAGCUUUGACCUGCCCCUCAGUUCUGGGGGCGUCAAACGGGCCAACACAUUUGAGGCAGGAGGCCCGGCCACCCGUAGGAGAAGCAGCAUCAAGUCCCUCAACGAGCCUGACGGGGCAGCCAUGUGGACCCCAGAGCCCCGUGGGGUGCCUGAUGGGGCAGAGUGUACCCUGCGCCACCAGCCCAGCACCUCCCUGCAGGCCCUGGAAGAGCAGUACGAUUCCAUCAAGAAUGUGGUGCGGCGAGAGGAGGAGCGGCUGGAGCAGAGUGCCGUGCAGCACAUGACAGCUUCUCUCUUCCCCAACAUGUCCACCUCCACUGCCAGCCAGAACCUGAGCUGUUCAGAGAUGAUCCAGAAUGCCUAUGAGCGCAUGCGAGAGGAGACGGAAGGCCAGCUGGGUACCCCGGGGCCCUCUGACACACUUUCCCGCAGGCUAAACCGGGAACUCAAGAUCAGGAACCGACGCAGUGGGGAACACCCGGUCAUCCGGUCACCCAGCGAGCGUAGGAUUGGCACCAUCCGCCGAAGGUCAAAGGAGAGUGUGCAGAACACUGCCAAGAGUCUCAUCAACCCAGAGGAGGUGGCCACCCCUGCUCCUGCUCCUCCUGCCUUCCAGUACACCCCCAAAAUGAAGGCCACCUUGCUCAGCACCCCUGCCUCUGCCUCCCUACGCAGGGGACGCCCUAACUCUGUCAAGUCAGGGUUGCCUAUGGUGGUGCGUCCCUCUGACUCACAUUCCCCAGGUCUUCAGAGCGAGGAUACCACGCCGGGUCACAACAGCAGCCGCCUGGUGGUGGUCAGUCGGCGGGCAGAGGAGGGCAGUGCCUCAAAAGUGAAGUCAACAAAGAAAGCAAGGGAGAAGCAACCUCUAUUCAGCACUAGGAAACAGAGUGGAGGUAUUGGGGCCUCUCCGAGUUAUCACCAACCUUCUCAUGGUGCAGCAGACAGGUCAGCUGCCACCACCAUCACUGCCAUGGAGAGUGAGCCCAGUGGAGGAGAGAACCUUGACAGCAGCUUCCUGGAGGAGGUGAUGGGCCCCAUGACUCGCAGGCAGUCAAGGCGUCUCUCCCUCGCCUCUUCCAUACCCAAGCUGAAGCUGUCCCCCUCCCCCUCCCAGGCCAGUGAACCCAGCCUUGAUGAAGAGUGGGUGUGUGCCCCAGACUACCUGAAGGCUGAAGUCGGGGAGUGUGGUGAGGGGAUGGUGGGGCGCCCCUCCCUGGCUGCCCUGGUGAAGCAGAAGAAGGUGAGGGCCGCUGUUCAGCUAUUCAACAACCUCCGCCCAGCCUCCCCAUUCAUGUCGAGCUCCUCUGUUGCUGAUCAACAGAGAAGCAAAGCAGCUCGUCUCACCCCCCGCUCUUCUAUGACCUCCAGAGAUUUGUUAAAGGUCAGGGGUCCACUAGGCCAUAGCCCAGCCAGGGUAGCAGUAGUGGCUCCUCUGAGGGAGAGCUCACUAGUCAACAUCCCACCACAGCCACACCGAGCCAAGACUCCCCAGAGGUGCUCAUCUCUCCCACUACACCAAGACUAUGGCAACCCACCAAAACUACCUCCCCGUGGGGCCAUCAAGCCCUCCCCAGGCCGUGUGAAGUACAGAUAACAGAGAAACCAGCACUUCAGAGAUAUAGCCAUGGAAGAAGACAUGUGUAUGGGAGAUGUGGUAUGGAGUGAGGAACAUAGAUUAUUCAGUGCAUCAUGCAGCGGUGUAAGAAGCAAAGUAUAAGGAGGGGAAGGGCAAAACUAGAGCCUGAAUAUGUUUUAUCAUCUUUCAGCCACUGGUACAGGAAUGAAAUUUCACUUUUUAUGUAGGGCUUCAUCACAUUCCCCUCUAUAUCUUGAUGACCUCUGAUAUACAACCCCCAUCCUAGUAGGUAUCAUAACAAUUCAAUCAGUGCAGCUAGGGCUCUGUGAUGAAAUGUUUGUGUCUGACUGUCUAAUUGAUAUUAACAAAAGCAUGCCCAUUCAUCUUGACAUCUCUCAGUUCUCUUUUCUUUCACCUAACACAUAUUAUAUAUUUUUUUAAUUUGUCAAAAAGAGGGGGGGCCAAAUUAUGUUGACCUCUCCACUUUCAGAGUAAGUGCCAUUGCCCCUCUCAGCCCCUGCUUCUUGCGCCACUGGUGAGGUAGAAUGGGUGAAGCAUGAUUUGUGGUUUAGGUAUUUGAUAAGAGUUCAGAAUAGCAAGUUUGUGAGGAGUGUGUGUAAGGGAGUACAGAGGAGCAUAGUCUGGCUGAGAUACCCUGGUGUUGAUGUUACAGAGAGGUGUUGUAUUAAUAAUUGGUAGAAAGGGAUACUUCUGCUGUGCCCAGCCCCUCGGGGAAAUUUUGGGUGCUACAGAUGAAUAAAUGACAGUACAGGCUAUUCAUGUAUACAUAUCUGUCAAACAGAAAUACAGUGAAUGGUAGGGAGUCUCAGAUCUUUGUAAACUUAAGUAAACCACAUAGUGAAUAAGUUUUGUACAGUUUUUAUGAAGAGUUCUUCCUUCACUUUCCUUACCUUUUCUUCCUGUCAUUGCCUUGUGUGUACUGUGUGUUUAUUACUGUUUUGCUCAAAUAAUUGGUGAAGCUUCAUCAUUUAAUACACAGCUAUUCACACAAGAAUAUUACAUUCAUUUUAAUAUUUUAUGUGUGCCGCAUUACAAACUAAAGCAGUGUAUCUGUAUUCUUUUUAUAUAUACAAACAGCUUGCAAUUGGUGCCAUAUAUUUGUAGAUGCAGUGAUGUAUAAAGGAGGGGCCAUCACUGUGACCCACCCUGCCUUGUCCUAUUGAAGCAUAGAAAGACAAACUUAACAAAACCUUCGACAACCACUUGAUGUCCAAACGCCGAAAGAAUGGAGUGCAAAGGGUUGAACACCGCACAAAGUCAUCCUGGCUGGCUGUGUUCCUCCCCUCACCUUCAUUCUCCGUAUCCAGUGUAUACUUCAAUGUAUAUAUGGUUUUUAAUUUGUCAACAGUUUUAGUUUUUUUAUAACCAUGAUUUCUAAUAAAAAUAUAAAGCUUUA